UUUUCCUACUGCACGGUUAAUUGUUACAGAUAUCAAAGAUAAUAGUGGACAUACUGCUGCUGAUGUGGCCAGAGGGAAGGAACACCGUGCGUUGGCUGACUAUGUGGAGGAAUUCCGGCUUGGGCCUAGAGAUCCUCUGUCCUCGUACCCAACACUGGAACAGCUGAGUCAGCUGGAAUGUGACCAAUGGCUUCAACUUGGUGUUUGCUUGGGAUUGGGCAAUGACCAACUGGAAACCAUAAAGAAGAGCCAACAUCCCACAGCAGCAACUCUUCAGGCAGCCAAAGUCAAGGAUAUCGACAUGCAGUGGAAGGAUAUUGUGGAAGCUCUGGUGAGCAUUGGAGAGUACAAGUUGGCAGAGAGUGUGUGCACUCAGCAAGGUGAGAGUGCUCUGUCAGUGAGUGCAUUCUAUGGCUGGCUGGACUGUGUCAAGCGUCUUGUGGAAACGGUGGUCCUCGAUCCAAAAGUAAAUAAAGCUGGUGACACCCCACUCUCUCUGGCCUGUGCUAAUGGCCACUUGGACACAGUCAAGUACCUUGUGAACGAGCAUAAAUGUGAUCCUGAAAGUGUCCUCUUACUAGCAGUAAAGCAAAAUGAAAAAUCAAAAUUGGAAUUUCUACUAGCAAAAUUCCACAGCGAUCCGAAUGUGACCGACAAAGAAGGCAAGACACCUCUCGAUUUGUCCAACGACCCUGAUAUCAUACAGCUCCUCUUGAAACAUGGAGCCAAGGCUGCCAAUGUCUACAAGAAACACAGCAAGCUCAUCGGAAAGCUCUCGUCCGAGCGACCCCCACACCUUCCUCUGUUUGUGCUCAUCAUUGGUGAUGGUGGCGUGGGGAAGAGCACUCUGUUGCAGUCCAUUCUGAGCUCAAAAGGGUUUUGGUCUAUAUUCCAGAGAGCAAGACCCGUGGAUGGUGUCGAUGCAAGGACAGUGGGGAUCAUACCGCACGAAGUAUACACCAAAGAGUUUGGGAGAAUCAUCUAUUUUGAUUUCGCUGGUCAGAAAGAGUUUUACACGAGCCACUGUGCCAUUCUGGAGAAUGCUGUUCAAACCUCACCACCCAUCAUUAUCCUCUGUGCUAAGCUUGUAGAAAGUGAGCAGGCAAUUAUUGAUUCCAUCGUUGGUUGA